GUAACGCCAGACUUACCCAUUUCUCAAUUGGGCCUAUAAAUAGUUAACCCAGCCCAGAAUGUUAUAAAAUUACAAUGUGUCUGUCACGCGCCUCCGUGUCACGUGAAGGACGAAUCCCGCCAUCCCACCGAGUUUUUGCCUUUCUCAAAAAAUCCACGGAGGGAGGGAAGAGUAAAGACCUAAAAUUUGUUGAUUCUUUCUGCCUGAAAUCCACCUAGGGUUUCUGUGGAUUGAUUUGAAGACAAUCCGGAGUUGAAUUUGGGACAUCGUAUGAAUUUCUUCGUUGAUUUUUAGGGUUUUCCUUUUCCUGAAUUCUCCAAUGGAAGAUGCGUCGCGGUCUCGAGUCACUAUAACCCUAGGCCGCGGUGGUCAGGUGGUGAAAAGAACAGGGCUUGUUGCUGAUGAUGGUUCUUUUUCUGAUUCACGCCCUGCAGUUGGGAGUAAAAGAUCUGUCAGGGAUAGGUUGGGAGGCAAUGUUGAUCCAACCUCACUUUUCGACAGUAAACGUCAGCGAGGAGAUGGUAGUUGGAUGAGUACAAGCGCCUCUAAUUAUGUUGAUGAUAUGAGCCUAGGUAAGGAUGAUCUGCGGUACAAAAUCAUGCUCAAAAGGAGUCAAAGCAGUAACCACCGGAGUGAUUUGGAUCUUCGCGACUUAUUAUCUAGGCCUGCUCAGUCCUCAACAACAAGCUCGGGCACACAGAGGCGCACGGCCCAGCCGGAGGAUGUAAGAAAGCAUUAUCUGGAACCAAGGGAUAGUAGACAACCAAUGAAAGAUUCAAGGAAUUCUGGCCAGUUGGUGUCAGAAUCCAAGAAUGUUAGACAGCAACUUUUUGAACCCAGGGGCUACAGAGAACGGUUACCUGAUCCGAGGGAUAGUAGACAUGUCAUGCCAGAUCUUAAAGAUGCUCGAAAUUAUCGGUCGGGUGUGAUUAGUGUAAGCAUGCCAGGGCAAACAUUAUCCUCAAGAAGCAGUGGCAGUUUACCCCAAAUGGAGUCAUUAAGAAGUUCUCAUACUCCAUGGACACUAGAGAAUUUGAGGCAAAGGCCGGUAGAUAGGGUUGUGGGUUCUUCUAGGGGUGUCUCUCCACCAAGGCGGAAGGAAGAGAAAGAGCUAAGGCCUCUUGUCAGAGCCUAUGAUGAAUCCAGAGAAGCGUCAUACGCAAGCAGAGGAGCUUUUGAACAGUCACGUCAUGUGGGUUCUUCAUCACACUUGGUGAAAUCAGCUCCAACUGCUGGCCCUGCCAAGACGAUGGCAUUGCCUCAUCCACCUCAUCCACCAGUUUCUCUUGUGCAGAAAAAUUCUUAUCGAGUAUGGUCAACUUUUCCUCUCUCUCCUUAUUCUCUUAGGCCGCCAUGAUAGUUUAUGGGAACACACAGUUUAAAAACAACCAAAACAAGAAUGCUGGGUUGCCUAAAUCUUCCAAAAAAACAACCUCAACCCCAACCCCAUCCCCCCCUCCCUUUGCAAAAGUCUCUAAUUUUGAAAAAUAUAUGGAGGAAUUCGUGAACUUCCACUGCAACCUCGUUCAAGAGAGGAAACUAAGAAAUUCGUAUUAAAAACUUAAAAAUGAUCUAGUGAUUUUGCUUUUAUUUGCUCAAAUAAUCUUGUUGUUGUUUUGGGUGUUUGCAGACUGAAGAUCCGCUUACUGUUGAUAGUUUUUUGCAGUCACUUGGAUUGGAUAAAUACUCCAUUCUUUUCAAGGCUGAAGAGGUAGGUAUUCGUGAAGCAGUCCUUUUUGUUGUUGUCUUUGAACAACAUUUUGUUCACAAACUCUUUCAUUUGGGCUCUUACUUUUGUGGUCUUUUGAAGGGGGGAAACUCCUUUGUGUUUUGAGUUUUGCACCUGGCUGAAGGAAAUAGGCUAGUGACUUGAUUUUUCAAAUGCUAUCCAUGUUUAUAGGCUCUUUUGUGGGCAUCAUUCUGAUAGUUUUUGCUUUCCUGUACUUUUGAUAUGUGUUCCUAAGUUCUUUUUGCUUCAUUCUUUUUGCUGUAUUCGACUGAAAAGAGUAGUUAUUAUCGCCUUUGUCCCUACCUUUAGGAAAUAUUGAAGGUUAUUUGGAACUAGUUAUAAUGAAUAAAGAUUCUAGAUAAGGUAUAACGUGAAUAGUGGGUACAGUUGAGAAUCCCAAAAUUCCAAGGUUAGCUACUGUUGUCGUUUGGUGUCCAGUGAAAGGCUUGCUUGUUGGCAUCUUUCAUUACAAAAUUUUACUGGUUUUGUAUCUGUCCGUGCUUUCCUUUAAGACCUGCUAGUAUACAUUCUCUUUUCCUUUCAAAACACAAUAGAAAGGAAAAUGAAUCAUAGCAAGGCAGAAUUCCAGAAAUAAAACACCAAAAGAAGAGUAGCCAUUUAGAACAAUCAUGGCUUCUUCUGUUUAUGGUGAAGUUUGUUGAUCAAAAAGUUGUAUGUAUUUCAGGUGGAUAUGCACGCAUUGAAGCAGAUGGGUGAUGCUGACCUCAAAGAGUUGGGAGUACCUAUGGUAAUAUUUAACCUGGUGCUUGUUUCCUUGUUUCUUUUGGUGGCUAUGUGUUAGUUAAUCUGGAAUCUCUAUGGUAAAAGUAUGUUUUGCUCCCAAAAGUUUUGGUGAUAAUAGAUUCUUCGGUUGAGGCCGUUCAAGGAACAUUCCGUACUUCCAAACCGUUUAACUUGUUUCUCCACUCCUUUUCAGAGUAGUUUGGGCACUUGGAUCUGUACUGUUUUGAGCUUUUUCCUCCAUUUUUAUCUGUCUUCUCUUAUGAUGUCUGAUUCACUGUGUAAGCAAGUGAUCUAAUUUUGUGGUGGAUGCAUUACAGGGACCUCGGAAAAAAAUUCUGCUCACCUUGCUUGCACGAUCAAAGAGACAAAUAUAAGCACUGUAACUCUGUAAGGGUUCGGGUUGAGAGUCUGAGUAGAGAUGUCAGCUAUUUUGGAGUGUGCACACUCCCUUUCAAUUUUUGCCUAAUAGAAGCAGACUCAAUGUUCAGACAGAGCCUUUUGGCUCUCAGAUUUGUGGUAGUCAAUGUUUUGAUACGAUAUGCUGAUACACUGUAGAAAGUGUUGAAUUGGGAUGAGAUUCGUUCUGAUGGUUAAAUGUGAAAGGAAGAUGUCUUUUGUGA